AUGUAUUUUGUUCUCUUCCUUCUUUUCCAGUAAAUAAAUAGCUAAUGCUUCUAGAAGUAUAAAAGCGAAAAGAUCUAUUUAUCUCCAGGUGAAAUUUUAAAAUUAGAUUUGUAAAAUUACAUAUACGGUAAGUAACUUGAAUAUUAAUCAUCAAAUAAUUGUCUUGAAAAUAAGUUGAAAUAGAAAAACAUAACUUUAUCAGAAAGUUAUUCAUCAGAUUAUUCAGAAUAUAGUUUAUGUUAUGAUCCAAAUAGUGGAGUUUGUAAUAAAAUAGAAAUUUAUUAUUAUUUUUAUAGAGUUCGGAUAAACUGUGUAAAUGUAUGUUAAAAAUAAAUAAGUGACAAUAUUGUUUUACAAUUUUAAUGAAACUUUUUCAAAGCUCAUUUAUAAAACAACCUUUAAAAUUGAGGAUGUAAUAAAAUUAAUUUAUGUAAGAAUGUCUAAUGUUAAAACGUUUUAUGUAUGAGAUUGAAUUUAAGCUUGGUCGAAUGCAAACAUAAAAUAAAAUAAUAAUCAUCUAUAUAUUUGAUUAAUGCUACAUUACAGAUAACCUAAAUCAAUUUUAUAUAAAACAAUGAUUUUGGACCUAUACUGUAAAUAAUAGAAUAAUUAUUAGAGCAGGAAUGAAUAAUUAUUAAAAUGGAGAAGUUGUUAGUUAUUAUAAAAUGAUCGAUUACUAAAAUAAUAGUAGAAUAGACAUAUAUUCUAUAAAUCUAACAUCUAAAGAACUUACAAUAUCUACAAUCAUAGAUAAACUAUUUUAUAAAAUAGAGUCAUUUAAUCUAUAUGAUUUCUUGAUUUACAAUUCUGCUAUUUAUUUUUUAUCAAAAGAACUUGGACUGUGUUAUCUAAAAAAUUAAACUAAUCAGUACUGUUGGAAAAUGGCGAGUAAAUUCGAUGUUUUCAGUGUUUACAUAGAAGAAAAUGGAUUUCAUAGUAUACUUUUAGGGUCUACUUUUACUUCAGACAUCUUUAAAGCUUAUUUAUUCGAUGAUUAAACGUACAAAAUCAUUCAAAUGUAUAAAUUGUAAAAAAAUGUGACAUUCUAAAAAAUAUUCCAUAAUGAAAAAUAUAGUUUUAUUAUUGGAUACAAAAAUAAUAAUACAAAGAGAUACUUUAUAGAAAUCUAUUCUUAAAUGGAUGAUAUCACAUCAAAUCUAUAUAAAACUAUAUAAAUCAAUUCGACUAAAGAAUUAUUUUAUUUUGAUAGUUUAAACAGUAUAAAAUAUUAUAAAUUUAGAUAAUGCAUAUGCAAUAAAUAAUCAUUCAAUUUCUAUUAUAACUCCAUAAGAUUCCUAUCUAACUAUUGAUGAUGAUUAAUGCUUUUAAGAAAUUAUUGAAAUCACAGCCUCAUUUCCAUCUUAUUAAACGGAGUCUAUAUGUAAUUUUACUUUUGAAGUAAUCAAAUUGGAAGCAGGAAGUUAAGAUAUUUAUGACAUAUAAUAAUUAGAUUACUCUGUUGUUGUUUUAAAUAAAAGUAUUAAUAAUUUAUAUUUGAAUAACUUUGUAAUCGGUCCUAAUAUAGAUUAUUAUUUGUAUAAUUAAUAAAUUUAAAAUUCAAAUGAGAAUGAUUUUGAAAGAAUUAAAUUUAAAGAACAAUUUAAAAUCUCAUAUACCUAAAUACUGGAUAUUAGUUCAAUUAUAUUUGCUCGUUCAUUUUAGACAUCAAAUGAAAAUUAAUACAUACAAUUAAUUUAAUAGAAAGACCUUCUUGUUUAUCUAUUUAAUUGUAGUAUUAAUGAAAGUUAAAAAGAAAUAAAUUGCAAUUAUAAAUAAACAAUUUCACUUUAAUAUCCAAUAUUGUAAGUAAUUACAGGAUUAUUAUGUUAAACUGAAUGUUUUGUCAUAAGGCAUGAAAAAAGAGCUGAUCUCUAUAUUGAACAUAACAAUAAAUUUCUAACUACUAAAUGUUUCAUUGAUACUCAAAAUACCAUAGACACAAUUAAAUUACAUCUAUAGAAGUAUUUAGUUGAGUUAGAAAAUAAUAAAAUACAAGUAUUAGUUUUUUUUUUAAUCAAGAUUUUAUUGCCCGUUUAUAAAAAAGCUAUGACUUGUAUUUUUGAAAAAGUAUUUGAGAUUAGUUCUCUUGAAUUAGAGUUACUUAUUAAUUCUAAGAAAUCUAUCAAUAUUUUUAAUGUUAAAACUAAUUUCAAUAUUUAUAAUCUUUAUAUUUCAACUAAUUUAGGAUUAAUUAUUAUAGAUCCAGAUUUAAUGAGAUUUAAAUAAAUUUAAUUAAUUGCUUUUGUCUAAUUUAAUUAAUAAUUUGAUACAGUAUUAUAAGUGAUACGUAAUCGAAUAAUAACAUUUUAAUACAAUAAGAUUAUUAUAAUCAAUCUAGUUUAAUAAAAUUAUUAUUAUAAUGAAAAAGUGCUGCCUUUUUAUGAUUUUAUUAUCACCAAUACAGCAAAUUCAUUAGUGGCAUAUUCUCAAAAUUAUUUUUAUUUGUAAGGAAAAGAUUCAAAUUAUACUGAUGUUAUCAUUAUUUAUAAAGUAGAUGAACCAUAACUAUCAACUUUUCAUACUUACUUUUUGAAAACUAAUAAUCUAGAUUUUAGUAUUAUUCAAAAAUAAGAUGAUGAGAUAUUUUUAGUCCAAUUGUUUGAAGCUUAAAAACUAUACAGUUCUGUAAAUUUGUAGUUUAAGUCAUCUUAGUCAAAAAUAAUUAAGGUACUCUUCUAAGGAUUCAUAAGUUAUGCAAAAUUAAUGGAUGUUAAUGUAACUGUUAAAACUUCAGAAAAACAAUACAAUCUUUCAUUGUUAAUUAAUGAAACUUAAACAAUAAAUUAUAAUAAUUCAAAUCAGGAAUAUAUCAAAUUAGAUAAAUUUAAUGAUUUCAUUAUGGGAAGUGUCAGUGAAUGGUCAAUAAAAUGUUUUUAAUGUAAUAAAGAGUUAGAACUUAUUAAUAAUAUUAAUUAUGAUUAAUAUUUAACAUCAAUUCCAAAUACAACAUAAAUAAAGCAUACAAAUGAUUAUGUAUUAAUAUAAUAAGAACACAGCAUUAUAGCAAUAGAUAAUUAUGGAUUAGUCAAAUUUUAUAUUCCACUACCUCUACCAGAAUAAUCUAUUAAAUGCACAUCAAUAACUGCUAAUACUUGGGAACCUAAAACAAAAAUAGUAGUUUCGGUUUGUAAUUCUACUCUAUCAACUUAAUUUUAUAUAACUUCAUUCUUAAGUUCAUUUCCUGUUCCUAUGGGUCCUUUCUAUUCUCCAAUAGCCAUUAAUCAAAUUACUCACAUUAGAAUGUUACAUGAAAUAUUAUUUAUAUUAGAUGUCGUGAAUGAGUAAGUCUAUUUAUUUAAUUUAACUUUUGAUGAUUAUUAAACAGAUUUUUUGAAAGUCAUAAACUAAUUAAAUGCUAGAGAAUUCACUGCUGAUAAAAGCCAGAUUUUUGUUAGUUUUGAUGUAGCCUAUAAUAAUGGAACUUAUCUUUUAUUUUUGUUAACAAAUUCUUCAUGUAGAUUAAAUUAAUUAUUGUAGAAUUUAUCAUUUACACAUAUCCUGAAGAUGAUGCUUAUUUAGAAGAUCUGAUAUCUUUAUUUUAUGCUUAAGGAUACUUUGACAUUCCAUUUAAUAUUGUCCCAUAGUCAUUGUUAGUAGCUUAGAAAGGUUUAAGGGAAUAACUUUAAUAUUACAGAAUUAUUGUAGCUAAUUAAAAUUUUCACCAUUAUGAAUUAGAAAUUACAAUCUAAAAUACAGGAAGAGAUAAACUUAUUUAGGUUAAAUUCAUAAGAGCUUAUAUGUAAUAUGGUUAUUUCUAUGGAAAUGGAAAGAUUCGGGUAUCAGAAGAGAGUUAAGGAUUCUUUGGUUUAAUUUAUUAAAACCCUUUAGACGAAAAAUAAAAAUUAUUGGUUGUUUAUGAUAGAACUAGUAAUAGUACAGAUGAGCUGAUUAAAAUUAUAGGAGGAUAUAAGAUAUCUUCAUACAAUUAAAUGUAAUUUUCUUAUAUUUCAUUUUAGAUUGUUUGAUUUCUUAUAUUUAAAGAAAAAAAAUGAUGAGUUUUCUUAUAGGAUCAUCUUAUAAGAUGGAUCUUGCAUAAGUUCAUUAACAUUGUCUAGAUUUUUGGCAAUAAAAAUAAACGAUAAGGAAUUUCAAACUUAAAAUAUAACCUUUAAUGCUUCAAAUGAUUUUGGUAAAUGGGUUAAUUUUACUGCCAACAUAUAUAAUAUAGCAGGAUAAGUAAAUAAGAUAAUAAAUUUAGGCAAACUUAUUAUUUAUAAUGAUAUCGUUGGGAGUAGUUGUAUUUGUAGUAAUUUUUUCAUCUUGGCUUUAUGUUUAGAAUAAAUUAAAUAAAUUAGAAGGGAAAGAUUUAGAUGUGAUUUAGGAAGAAGAUGAAUAAAUAUAGAAAUCAAGAUUAUGA